AAUAGGGGGACUCGUUCUUGCUCACUCUCUGGUCCCAAUGUUUUGGAGGCAUUUGCAUUCUUAAGAUUCCAGCCACCCAUGCGUUUCACCCCCAAGUAAAUUGUCACAAUAGACUUGUGCGCUGGGCAUAAAACGUACCAACCCCUGCACAGAUACACAUCGACGCACUGUCUUUCACUUUACUAUACAACAGCUGUGUUGUUGUGUGUAUACCCCCUUGCGUUUGGUGCAACAUGCACUCAAUACGCACACACACCCUCUGAUACAUUAUACACACAGAUUGAUCUAUCUGGGAGUAAAUGGAUUUCAGCAACGCCAAUUUCACCUGGUUUUCUGCUACCAACCAAGGCCUCCGCACAUGUACUCGCGUUUAUCCUCUUUACUGGUUCCUCCCACUCUAUGCAUUAACCCUGCAACACACGCGACUGCUAUAGGCUUUCGUGCUUGCUUUUCCAGACUCGUUAAGUUGUAAACCGGUGUGCAUUCAAUAUUAGCAUCUCAGUGCUACUGAUUUUGCAGCGGAUUUAUCUCAUAAUUCAGGAUUUAUUAUUAUAAUUUGGAUAUAUCCCUUUAAAAGGUCUCAAGGCUGUUUGACAGAUCAAUCCAGGUAGCAAAGCGGCGCGGGCUCAGCUUCAUGUCGGGGACGUUGUAGAGGCUGUGAAUGGUGUCAGGGCAGGAGAUCUACCAGUCACUCAAGCACAGAAAUUAUUACAUAACAGUUCAAAUGAUUUACAACUCAGAAUACACAGGAGUCAUUUAUCAGUGAACGGAUCGUAUCAUCCAAAUGGGAAGAUGUCUUCACAGUCUAGUUUUAUCAUCACAAAUGACUCUGGAUUCUCUGGUACAGAUGACAGGCAAUUAGUUCGGAAACCAUCUCAGGACGAUGUCAUCCACCUGGAUGGUGUGACCUUGCAAGGGUUUGACCCAGGAAGUGUUUCAGUUGUACGCACCACCACCACAAAGGUCACCAAAACCACAAGGAGUCGUUCCCCGUCUCCGGUCCGGGUACGUCGCCUGUCGAGCGAAGGCUCUCCACGUCUCGCCCGUUCGGGCUCUGCUGGCUCGACGCCGGGCCGCAUUCGCAUGCGAGUCGUGCCGUCUGGUCAUGACUCCGAAUCGGAAUCUAGUGAGAUCAUCAUGCCUACUUUCGCUACGGGCGUGACGCAUUCUUCACCUUCUAAGAAAGCUCCAAACAAAGACGCCUCAUCAGGCUGGCGCCCCAUCCCCUUCUCUUCUCCCCCUGUCCCCCCUCCCCCAGGGGAUGUAACUGACACAGAGGAGGUUCCUAAAGUCCCCCCUAAACCCAAGUCGGUCAAGACCAACAUUUGGCUGUCAGCCAACCAGCCAAGUCAGGAGCAGGGUUCACCCACCUCGCCUCCGAUGAGCCCGACCAAUGGUUUCCCUAUGAGUCCAUCAGAACAAAAAGGAUGGGUCCUCACCGACAUGACGACGGGCUUCUUGCCCAAGUCGCGUGGUGCCGCGCUCUUUGAAAGAAGAAAGAGGUUGUCUGAGGAACGUGAAAGAGGAGGAGUUCCGCCGCCUCCUGUGAUGGAUAUCCCCAACAACAACAAUAACCUCCGCAAAGACGAGGACGAGUUCUGGCCACUGCCGCCCCCUCCUGAUGAAAGUGUAUGGUCACCUCCCAGUGGAGAUCCAUCCAGAGGCCCCGCUCCAGCCCAGUCUGUCCCUCCCCCACCACCAGAGAAGGACGAAGGCAUCGCUCCUGUCUGGACUCCGGGCGGCAGCCAACCGGUCAAGAAAGAAUUCAAACCGGUCAAACUGGACCUCACAAACAGGCCCAAGGUCAGCUCUGCCAUAGCACCGUUCAGAAGACAAUCGACUGAAAAAAUGGCUUACUCAUUAUCAACACCAGCUGCACAUACAUGGACCCCUCCAAAUCAGGGGGCUACCUCCCCUAAACCGAUCACCCCUCAAGUCGACAAACCUCAGUAUACCCAACCAGUUGCUGUGGACACUCUCCCGGACCCCUCCCACAUACUCUCCCCUGGGUACGUCUCGCCCCGCUCUUCAAUGCAGGAGUCCCACCCCCCUCCACCACCUCAGUUUGCUGGCGACGGCCCCACCUCGCCCCACCCUCCAGCCUCGCCCCAUCCUUCGGUCUCUAGAGGUGUACCCGUUAGCCCAGCUGGGGCAGUGCCUUAUCAACCACGGGAGUCUGUGCCGUACGACGGAAUGUCCAACGGGUAUGGCUUUAUACCAGCCAGUGCUGUAAUGUCUGGAUCACCAGGUGCUAUUCAAUCAGAUUUGUUGACAUGGGGGAUACAGCCGGGCCCUGCCCCGCCUCCGUCGACCAAUGACAAUUCUACAAUCAUCCUCGAUCCAUCAAACCUUCCUCCCGGUGCACUGUUCCAGAAACAGACGGUAGAUGGGGACGUUGUCCACACCGAUACCUUCUACCCAGUUUCUAACAUGACAAGAAAAACAUCCACCGUGACAAAACACGAGGCACCAAACUAUGAUGGUAUCGGCCCGAGGGAUAAAGAUGGAUUACCUCUUGGUCUCAGACAGCAUGUGAAGGAAGACAACAGACAUGACUGGUAUAAGGAAAUGUUCAAGUCUAUUCAUAAACAGGACAGAGACGAAGAUGAUAGUGAUGAUAUUUCGCUUCCACAGAAUGUAGAAGAAGACAGUUCUGAUAGCGUGUUUUUGAGUGAGAAUGAAGCUGUGCAUGCGCAUGUUAAAGAUGACUGGAAGAGAGAUGAAAGGAGUACUGAGCCAGAGCAUGUGGUGAAGAAUACUCCUUCAUAUCGAGUACAGCCUGGAAGAAUACAAGAUUUUGUGCCAGGAAAGUCUGCCCUAGCAGCUCAUGAAAAAAGUGUCUUAUCAAGGAAAGAUGGUCCUCUCUAUGAUGGAGGGCGGCGUGGAUCUGCUCCUGGGUCCGGCUAUGCCUCUGAUGAAGAAGCUCGGAAGGCCUAUCAUAGCUUUGUCAAAUCUGGUGAGCUACCCGGUACGGCUGGUUUCGGCUUCGGCGCUCCACAGGCUCGUAGAGCCACGGAUAUUUCUUUUCCUACUAACAGCUCCUCAAACCUUCACGUGCAUGUGAUAGGAAAAGAGAAAGUAGUAGAUGGUUUUUCCAGUCCAAUAUGUAGUUCCACAGUGUGUUUCAUAAGGUGUAGUGGUCACUUAGGUAAUGGAGUGGCCCGUACUCCAUUGUGCAUGUCCACUUUCUCCACCCCAGCAAAAGGGGUCUGCUGUGAGGUUGCAGGGAAAGACAUUGAUGAUUGCUCUUGUACCCAGAUACAGAUUAAAGACAGACCGUCUGAAUUGUUCAGAGAGAUUUUGGAACCUCCAAGAGACAAAGAAGGGACUAAUCUGACAUCCUUACAUAUCUCUUUCAAGGAAAAUGCCUCUUUUGAAAGUAAGAUCUUUAAGCCCCUUGGUGUGUUUCGGAAACCUCGUCUUGAUAUUGGAGGCAGCCCUUUUCCACAUCCAAUGCCAGUGAUGCCUAGGAACCCUGAUACGGAAGAGGAGGAUGCAGAAGCAUUCUCCAAAGCACCAUCAAGACCGAGUCGUAUCCAGUACCGCAUCAAUAGCAGCAAAGAGAAAGUCAAACACAAGAGAUCAUCCUCUGCUCCUAGGUUGCUCGGAAGCACUUCUGAUGGAGAUAAUCAGAUUAGAAAGCCAGUUUACCAAAGGUCUGCAUCAUCCUCAGGAUCUACUUCAGGAGUUGUCCAGUCUCCUGCAGCAGAUCCGGAGUCAUAUCAUAAGUAUGCUGCAGGACUUCAACAGGCCUCUCAGCGAACCAAGCGCUACCAGGACUUGGUUAAUUUCUACUCCAACCUCAACAAGCAUUUGGAUGAGAGUGACAAGGAAAAGGAGAAAACCAUGGCAGAGAAGUACUUACCAAGUAGUACACAACUGGAGAAGUUUUACAGUACCCUUCACCUCUACAUGGAGAUGGAAAUGGCCGCUGCGCACGGACAGACCUUUGUCAAUGAAAACUUUGAGGAGCUGCGUUGGUCUGUUGAUAAGGAGAGGGAUUUCAAGAGGAGAGAAUUAAACAUAGAUGAUCUUCACAGUUUCUACACCAAGUUGCAUUGUGGGUUGAAUGUUGAUAAGAAGAGUGAGGAAAAGCUGGAGAGACUGAAGAAAAAGGUGUAUGCUGAAAAAAUGAGGCAUGUGUCUCAGAAAGAGAAGGAUGUUGGUCAGCUGCAAGAGCAUUAUGAAGGGAUCUUAAGUGGAAGAAGUACGCCUGUACCUAAAAGUCCUAUGAGACAGACUGUUUCACUUCCGGCUACCCCUGUGAGAUACAGGACACCUGUAUCCUGGGAGGAGGAAGCAGAUGCAGAAAAAAAGGAAGUAAUAUCUGAACCAGAGGCAGAAGGAGAUCAUGAUGACAAACCUGCAGUUCAAAGGUUCCAUUCAGUUGAGAGGGAGACUGAGAUAGCGCCAAGAAAGACGCAAAGUACAGAAUCGCGCCCACCCUUUACCAGGUUCCUAAGUGAGCCAGACUGGAGGAGUAAGCUAGCACAAAGAUACAGCAACUCUGUGUAUGAAGAAGAUCUUUUGCUUAUGCCUGCCCUGCUGAAAGAUGCAAAGCAGUGGGAACAAUUUUCCCAGAGUGAGAAUGAAAAGCCCCAAGACAAGGAUGCAACACCUUCCAUUGCUGGUGAUGUGAAUGAGCAAAAGCAAAAACAAACUGAACUGAACUGUGAAUUUAUCUCGCCUUCUGAAGUGGAGUUGUCUCAUUCUAAUUGGAAGGAUGAUAUAUCUAUCCCAAACAAAAGCAACAAGGAUGAACCAACUAAAGGUACUAUUUACCCAACAACAUUUAAGAAUAAACAUCUGGUGAGCCAGAAAUCACAGGAAUCAGAUUCCACUGUCAUAGAUAAUUCCAGCCGAAGACCCUAUCAUCAUUCCAGUUCGUUUGAGCAAGAUGCAAGUCCUUUAACCUUGAGAUCAAAGCCAAUAAACACAGCAGAGGUGAAACCCUUUCAAAGGUCUGAAAGCCUGUCAGACUCACCAAGUCUGACACUACCUAAUUUCCGCAGUCCUGUCAGUAGCCCACGGUCAGCUUCGCCCAACUCCAGUGACAGUACGGAGCAUAGAGACUUCAAUCCAAGACCUCGACCAUUUAGUAAUUCUCGUACAGUGGGGUCCAACAUUGUCACAGUCAGUACUGCCCUGCCACUGUCAUCCUCUGUUUUCAACACCAAACAAAGUUCUGACAUACAAACUUCUGCAACAGAUUUUUCAGAUGUCACAGAUCAAGCAGAACAUACUCCUUCUAUCGACAGAGUAAAUCUCAGUCUCCCAUUCAGGUCGCUGAGUAUGCCUGCAAGCACUCCUGCUGUCAUUGUUCAUACACCUAGUUCCGAAGAAGAUGAAUGGCUUGAGACAUAUGACAAGGUGAAGGAUGCAUGGGAAGAUUCUAUAUCAGCAUUUGAAGCAAAGAAACAGGAAAGGGAAGGUGACAACACCAGCAGCCAAGCUGAAGGCUCCGUGCACAGUAUCGGAGUGGAAGGUGCAGAAACAUCUGAUUUGAGUCACUGGAACAUGGAUGAUGACCUCCUCACCCGUUCUCUGCCUCGAAACUUCAAAUUGAGUUAUGAAAAGGGGCAAGCUGAACUGAUGGGACAGGAUGCCAAGGUCAAAACUGAUAGUGGGUCAUGGGAAGUCUUCACAGAGCCUCAAGAAGACGAACUGUACAAGACAACCCCAACCACUUCUGGUCCAUUUGAUGGAACAAAACCUCUUGAGACAUCUAUCAAGAUACCCAGUAAAUUGAUAAAAUCAAAGCGAGUUGAGGAAUCAAUGACACCAUUUGUUCGUGAUGAGAGUGCAAUGAAAGGAAAGAGUGUUCAAGAAUCUUUAAGGAGCUUGACUCAGAUAGACCCAGUGCCUGUUCCACUUGAAAGACCAUCAUCCUUGCCUGGAAGCAAAUUGAAUACGAAAGGUGAUUCACCUCAUCCUUACCAAAUGUCCAAACAGGGAGAGAAUCAACAGCAAUCCAAUGCAGCAAUCAAGAACAAGACAUUUACAUGCCAGUCAGAUGCACAUGAUAACAAGGAGUGCCAAAGUGAAAUAUUAUGGAGAAGUCAUGCGGAGAAAGGACCACCACCUCCCUAUGAUCCUGAUUGGGCUCGGAAUCGUCACUCCUCAGCAAGGUCAUCCCCUUUACCUAGGCAACAAAUGCCCUCUGUGAAAUCACACGUGCCUGUUAAAGCGGAGUUAGGAGAAAGGAUUUAUGCGACUAAGAAGGUUGUUAAAACCGGAACUAAUUCUAGAAACUCUCAAAACCGGGUACUCGAACAAAAAGUUCAGAAGUAUAAGGAAGCUGCCGGAAAAUUCUCGCAGCUACCACCCACUGGGGUAGGAAUAAGACGGAGCCAGUCAUUGACAUCAAAAGGCUCUUUGCUUGGAUAUCCCACUCAAAUUGCACAUUCUCAUGAGAAAAUGAAUAUAUCUGAACAUGCGUCAACAGCAGCUUCAAGAGUUGCAUCUAGUGUACAUGAUCAAAGAAGAGGUCAGCCCAUGGAACAAGUUCCAUCAGUUUCAAGAAGUAGCAGCGUAUCAGAUAGGAGUUAUUCUCAAACCAAGAAAUACACUACUUCUCCAUCCACAGGGGGAACAAAUUUAAAGCAGCAUCAGGAAAGUCUGGAAAUGGUGGACAACCGUGACUCACGGUUUCUGAAGCAACGUUCCCACUCUCAUUCUGCAAGGCAAGAGAGUAACAAAGGGCCAUACAGUCCACACAACUCCUUUCAAGAUCCCCAAAAGACAAUACCUGAUGGUCGGGCUGUUAUGAUGGACACCAACAUCAAGAUAAACAGAGAUUCUUGGUCAGUGUCUGGUCAGUCGUCACCAUCUUAUUCAAUAGCAGACAGCGACCAGCUGCCCCUGAAAGAAUCAACGAGGACAACCAGAUUUCAACAUUUUGAGGCUUCUUUACCACAUGAGGAAAUCCCUGAUCCUUACAGUUCCAGCUUACCCCAUAGCCAAGAUGUUCACUCGUAUCCGUCAUUUGGAGUGGCUACAAGUCGCCAGUUGCCACCGUUUUAUGCCAGGAGGGAAAGCGAAGCUUCUUCAAGGAGCUCAUCCCAACAGUCACACAGGAACUAUGUUGUGGAUGAUGAUACGGGUGAAGCAUAUUACAGAUCUUCAUCUUGCAAUCCUCCCCCUCCUCGGCUAAGUGAUGUCUUUGAUGACAAUGAUGAUCCGUAUGACGACCCUUACCUUUACCCAGAGACCAAGACCUCCACAGCAGCAGGUCCCAUUCGGCCUUCAUUACAACCUCCAUCUCACCAACAACCUUCUACAACAUCGUCACCAUCAAUAUCGUCUCCGUCAUUGUUGUCCCCCGCCCUGGGCGGCACCCCGCCCUCCGCCAUGGGGGUCGGGUCCGCUGCCGGGGUGGUUCCCAGGACAACGCUGACGCGGAGCGCCUCCCUCCCACGGACGACGUCAGGGUUGCCCAAGAGGAGGCCGAGGUAUAGCGAGGGAAGCGGGCUUUCGGCUGCUCAGAGACUUGGGAUAAAGACCCCGCCCCCAGCAAGAUUAUCAGCAUCUACUAAUACCAAGCCUGUAACGCAAGACAGUCGAUAUGAUUACAUGAACCAGUUCCCAACAGUAGACAAGAACAUCAGUGAAAAGAAGCCCCGACCGGUCCGAGAGCCCGAUGCUUCAUACAACAAGAGUCUUCCGGAGUACCUACCCAUCAAGUCCCCAUCCAUCUCGGACGAUCGUUUCGAUGACUUCGACUUCACGCCACCUGUCACCGUCACGGCAACCAAACAGGAGGUACUGCCCAAAGUUGAACGUACUCCCUCUCUCGAAUAUAAGUUGACAAGAGCUAGUGCCAUAGCCUUGUACCCCUUCACUGCACAAAGCAAAAAGGAGCUGAGUUUCAAGAAGGGUGAUACCAUUUAUUUGACGAGGGAGAUUGAUAAAAAUUGGUUGGAGGGAGAGCAUCAUGGUAAUAAAGGCAUCCUUCCAAGAACAUAUGUAGAGAUUGUGACUAGCAUUGAAGAAGCAAGGAACCUUCAGGCUAAUGCACCCAGUGCAGAAGGGAAGGGCAGAGCAAAGUAUCAAUUCAAAGGAGAAACGGCCAAUGAGCUUUCAGUCAAUAAGGGUGACAUCAUAGACCUGGUUAGGAUGAUUGAUGCUAACUGGUGGGAGGUUCGUCAUGGUAACAAGGCUGGUAUCGUUCCUGUGGCUUACCUGGAUGUCCUCAGAGAGCCACAGCAAGGAAUGUCGUCCCCUGUACCAAAGUCUCCCAUCGGCUCCAGUUCAGGGCGUGGUCCACUGAGCCCCAUGCCUCGAUCCCCUUCUGUUCAGGCACCAAGGUCUCCUUCCGCCCAGGCACCCCGGUCGCCUUCCACCCAAGCACCCCGGUCGCCCUCAACCCAGGUGGAUAAUCCUCUCCAGUACACCAGCCCGUACCUGACGGACACGCCUGCACUGGGUAGAUCGCAACCUUCCCAGCAGCACCGGCCUGGUCAAGGGCCAAGGGAUGGUGUGCAGAGGGGGAUGCAGCCAACAGGUGGUAGGCAAACUCAGAAUGCUGGCUCUCGUCAAAGACUGCCUGAUGGAGAAAGAUUCCGUGCAGUGUAUAGUUACAAGCCUAGCAACGAUGAUGAAUUAGAGAUUAGGGAAGGGGAGACGGUGGUUGUCAUGGAGAAAUGUGAUGAUGGCUGGUUCGUAGGAUAUUCGGAAUCAACGGGACAAUUUGGUACUUUCCCCGGAAACUAUGUAGAGAAACUAUAACAUGCAUGGAAGAGGAGCCCAAACGACCUGCCUAUCUUGAAUGAAUAUGAUGCCAAAUAAAAAGAUGGAAGCCCGACAAAGCAUCUUCAUCAUUGAAUUUGCAGUCAGUGUUCAUUCGGUUUCUGGGACACCCUGUACUCCCUAGCCUGCAUGCCCAAUGUAUAAUUUGAAGCUACACAAUUGGACAUCCAAGAAAGUUACAAACUUUAACGUGCAUAACGUUUUGUUGCACUACCGUGUACCUGUGAUGCCAUAUUUGAAUCUUCAAGUGUUUCGCAUAUGAAAUAUGAAGCUGUAGCACACAUU